AUGGCACUGCAUGCAGCAAGAGGUUGCGUAAGGGAGACAUUGAAGUGGACACGAAGCAAGCGGAGGCGAGAUGGGCAGUGGGGAUGGGGAUGGGGACGGGGACUAGUCAAGGCGACACCGGACGAGGACGGCGGUUCUAUUGCAAAUUCUACGCGUAGAGAAAGUACAGGGGAGGGAUGGGACAAGGCGGGUAUUGUAGGGCAAGAUAGUGUUUGGUGUGCAGUAGAUAAGAUGCGGGUGAAGGAGGGGGGGGGGGCGCUGGUGGGUACUGAGGAAGAGGACGAGGAGGAGGGGUGGGCCAAUGGCAGGGGAGCCGACAAUUCGAGGCAGGGAGGUAGCGGGAGCGAAGAAGCAAACAAGUUGUCGAUGCAUUGCAGGCGUCGUGGCAGCGAGGGCGACACAGUGCCUGGUGCGGCGACGAGGGUAAAUCUGGGGAAGGGCGUGUGCUGCUGGAGAGUCGGGCUCGUGGUUGUGGCUCUUAUCGCGCUUCAUCGUCUAAUGCGGCCUGAUGCAGCAACCGUCGAUGCCGAACCCCGCCCCUCAGCACCAUGGCCGGCCAAGGCUUGUUGA